AUGCUGUGGUUGGCGUUCGACUUUCGGGGUUAUCAUCCGCUCCCGAAGUUCCACCUGUCAACAGCUAUAAGGGCUCCGAGCAAACCUAACGUUGUCAACAUUUCUGUGAGAAGUGACACGUCUGUACUUUGCGUUAAACCAAACAAUCACGACAACAUCACCCCACUCCCAUCAUUACGGCCAUCGACAAAGCAAUCAUUUGCUCCUCCCCCUGGAAUGUUCCCGUCAACAACUCAAUCAGAACAGCCAAGAAAAAGUCUUUCUGCUAAAUAUAUCGAAGAGAAAUCUAAUAGCAUGAGCCAGAUGGUCCGGGAAAAACCUCAAGCCGAUAAAACUGAGGAACAAUCACCAGCACCAUAUCAUUAUGAAGCGAUCUCGAAAACCACUUCACCAGCAUUAGUUUCUACUGGACUUGACACUCAGGCCACGAAACUUCUGUUUCCCGAAGACUCUGAAAGCACGUCAAAUGACACUUGCAAUGGCGUGUUUUUGCAGAAUGGAAAUCUUGAUCCAAUUUACCUUGGGGAAGAAGUGCGUUGUUUUAUGGAAAUUUCCUACAAAAUUUUUCUGACUAGUGACUAA